CGUCGCGGGCUGCGGGGCUCUCCCUGACGGCUUCCUGGGGGUCGCGGCAGCGCGAUGGACAGCCCGGAGGUCACCUUCACGCUGGCCUACUUGGUGUUCGCCGUGUGUUUCGUGUUCACGCCCACCGAGUUCCACUCGGCCGGGCUCACGGUGCAGAACCUGCUGUCGGGCUGGCUGGGCAGCGAGGACGCCGCCUUUGUAUCCUACCACCUGCGCCGCACGUCCGCCACGCUGCUGUGCCACUCGCUGCUGCCGCUCGGUUACUACGUGGGCAUGUGCUUUGCAGCCUCAGAAAAGCAGCUCUACUCCCUCGGCCAGGCCCCAGAGGCCUGGCGGCUCUUCCUCUUGCUGGCAGUGACUUUGCCCACCAUCGCCAGCACCCUGAUCUACUACUGGUCCUGUGAUCAGUGGGCCUGCCACCCGCUGGCCCGCACCUUGGCCCUCUAUGCCCUCCCACAGUCAGGCUGGAGGGCCGUGGCCUCCUCAGUCAACACGGAGUUCCGGCGAAUCGAUAAGUUUGCCACGGGGGCACCAGGGGCACGUGUGAUUGUGACAGACACGUGGGUGAUGAAGGUGACCACAUACCGUGUGCACGUGGCUCAGCAGCAGGAUGUGCACCUGACCGUGACAGAGUCCCAGCAGCAUGAGCUCUCCCCAGACUCGAACCUGCCUGUGCAGCUCCUUACCAUCCAUGUGGCCAGUGCCAGCCCUGGCGUGCAGGCCUUCGACAUCCGGCUGAACUCCACGGAGUAUGGUGAGCUGCGUGAGAAGCUCCGAGCACCCAUCCGCAGUGCGGCCAACGUGGUCAUCCAUCAGAGCCUGGGCGACCUGUUCCUGGAGACGUUUGCUUCUCUGGUGGAGGUCAACCCAGCCUACUCAGUCCCCAGCAGCCAGGAGCUGGAGGCAUGCAUUGGCUGCAUGCAGACACGUGCCAGUGUGAAGCUGGUGAAGACCUGCCAAGAGACAGCUGAAGGCGAGUGCCAGCAGUGCUACUGUCGUCCCAUGUGGUGUCUCACCUGCAUGGGCAAGUGGUUCGCCAGCCGCCAGGACCCACAGCGCCCUGACACCUGGCUCGCCAGCCGUGUGCCCUGCCCCACUUGCCGUGCACGCUUCUGCAUCUUGGAUGUGUGUGCUGUGCGCUGAGCCUGCUGGCUGGAGCAAAAAGUGGCCUUGGGGGCCCCGGCGAGACCCGCUAAGGACCCCACAGUUACCAUGAGGAGCAGCCAGGGCUCCAGGCCCUCACUUGUGUUGUCAGCCAGGGGCUCUUUCCCUAGCAUGACGAAGGACAGAAGUUUUUGUUUAAAAAGGAUAUUUUCUUCUGUAGCAGUGGCAGUGGGAUGGGACUUCAGUGCCUCCGCUUCCUUUCUUCUUUCUCCAGGUGGGGGCAGGUGCUGGACUCGGAAUAUGGUAUGGUGUGGGGCCUGUUUCCAGAGCAUUCUGAGGCUGCCUGAACUGUCUUCUAGAGACCAGGGUUCUGCCCCCAUGGCCCUACCCUGAACCACUUGCCUUAAUUUUAUGUAGCAUACCUGCCUUUCAGUUACAUGCCAAACCUAGGUUCAUCCAAACUGGUUGCAGUUUGUCCUCCAGACUCCUGUCUCCAAGCUGGCUGGUGGCCCUGUGCCCUGUGUCUCCUCUGCACCCCACCAGGCUUCUCAGCGUCUGGGGAGAGUCCGGCGGUGCAGAGAGACUGGGGUGCCACUGCAGGGUGAGAGCACUGCCUGGGACUUCCUGGGUGGGGUGACCCCACCUGCCACCUGCCCCGGGGAGAUCCUGGACUUCCUUUUAGAGGCUGGCUUCUCUCAAUUCCUGUUCUUCAGCUGCAUGCUUGUGGGGGUUGCUUGUCUCCUGGAGGGCAUGCACCUCUAUGCCUACUGCUGCCCCAUGAGUCCAGAGAAAGGCCAAGCCUGACUCCCAGCCAGAGGGGAUACUGAGCCGAAAACAACAGCACUGUCCUUGCAGACAAGCUUGUUGGGACACAGCACAGGGCUGGCCACAGCUCUGUAAGGCCACCUGGAUCAGAAAGUGCCCUGCCUCUUCCCAAUUCCUGGUGGCACACCUAGGAGGGCAGGAGCAGCCAGGCCAUCAGGCCCAGCUCUGACUGAUGUGGUUGCUGGAGGGGGCCUUCGUAUUUGUAGCCCUAAGCCUCCUAAACCUGGCUGUUUGAAGCAGGGGUGAUGGACCAAGCCGGCUUGCCUUGGCUAAGGCCACACUGAAGCCCAGGGAUUUGGGAGCGGAGGUGGUUUAGCCUCGUGGGCCGCCAGGGUACCCCGCCAACUGAGGCCAUCAGAGGGGACGACGAGCCUAGCGUCAGCGGAGGGUUUCAGAUACUGUCGAAGGACUGGGUCGGGCUAUUUUUAUUACAAAAGAAAGUAACUUAGUUUUAUAAAUUUACUGUUAGCUGAGCAGUGCAGUAUUUAAUAAAACGUUAGUCCGAUGUA